GGCAGCACUGCCAUUAGUACUCCAAGGAAAAUGUCUGCUUCGAAGGGAUCGAAAAUUAUGUUACAAAGAUUAAAAUAAUAGUGAUAAAAUCAAUUGUACGAUAUGAAUUAAUCAGGGCUCGAGAAUGAAAUGGAAGUCGGUGACGAAUACAAUAAAGAGUGAAUGCUUUAACGUAUUGUAAGGGUAGAUUUUGUACAAGUGUAGGACUUAGUGAUAGUGAGGUCAUGUGUAGUGUGCUGUGAGACAUCAACAUGUCGGAUGAUGAAGACUCUUCACCAGAGAGGGCGCUCUGCCCCACCAACAAUGUUCCUGUGCUGGGCAUCAAGCGUCUCAAGCAGAUCGAGACGAUGUUCCUGCCGCGGCGCCUUCAACUCCCGCGCACGCAGUCCCUCAGCGUGGAGACGUUGCUGGACGUGUUAGUGGUGCUGUACGACGAGUGCUGCAACUCGAGCCUUCGACGGGAGAAGGCCAUAGCAGACUUCAUUUGUUACGUGAAGCCAAUAGUGACUGCGUUAAAGAGGCUGCGAUUGUCCCGUGAUGAUUUCGAGCUUGUCAAGGUCAUCGGCCGCGGUGCCUUUGGGGAGGUGUGCGUCGUGCGCGCUUCCUUCUUGCAGGGUACAGACGCAGGCAAUAUGAGUGCAAGCACGGGAGGGACAAUAUCCACCACGACCGGCGAGAGGGUGUACGCAAUGAAGAUACUCAACAAGUGGGAGAUGCUCAAGCGAGCGGAGACGGCAUGUUUCCAAGAGGAGCGCGACGUACUAGUCUUCGGCGACAGACGCUGGAUUACCAAUCUGCACUACGCCUUCCAGGACGAACACAACUUGUAUCUGGUAAUGGACUACUACUGCGGAGGCGACCUGCUGACGCUGCUAUCCAAGUUUGAAGACCGACUGCCAGAAGACAUGGCUCGCUUCUACAUCGCCGAGAUGGUGCUCGCCAUACAGAGCGUGCACGAACUCAGAUAUGUGCACAGGGACAUAAAACCAGACAACGUGCUACUAGACGCGAGCGGCCACAUCAGGCUGGCAGACUUCGGCUCCUGCUUGCGAUUAGGAGAUGAUGGCAAGGUGCAGAGCAACGUGGCUGUCGGGACCCCCGACUACAUCUCCCCGGAGAUACUCAGGGCAAUGGAAGACGGCCAAGGGCGCUACGGCCCCGAGUGCGAUUGGUGGUCGCUAGGGGUGUGCAUGUUUGAGAUGCUGUUUGGAGAGACUCCCUUCUACGCCGAGAGUUUAGUGGAGACGUAUGGCAAGAUCAUGAAUCACGCGCGCUCCUUCCACUGCCCACCCCCGGACGAACAUGCCGCGCAGGUGACAGAAGAAGCGAAAGACUUAAUAAGGAGGCUAAUUUGUUCAUCAGAUAAUAGAUUGGGGAAGAACGGUCUGCAAGAUUUUAAGAACCACCCGUGGUUCGCCGGCCUGGACUGGGAGAAUCUCCGCGAGAUGCAGGCGCCCUUUGUCCCGGACGUGUCGAGUCCCACGGACACCUCCAACUUUGAUGUCGAUGACACUGAUAUUAGGUUGUCGGAGGCGGUGCCGCCGCCGGUGGCGUCGAGCGCGUUCUCGGGGCUGCACCUGCCCUUCGUGGGGUUCACGUUCACGGGCGGCUCGCGCCUCUCCGACCUGGGCGCGCCGCACGCGCCGCUCUCGCCUGCUAAGAACGCGCCCAGCCAGGCUCCAUCAAACGCAGGUGAUCGCGCGGCAGUGAAGGCGUUAGAACGCGAGAAUGCUCUACUUGCUCAGACUAUAGCGGAGCUGAGAGCCGGCGGCGACAUAGAACCGGGGACUGAUGAAGUGCUUCAACUGAAAGAGGAGAUGGUGACGUUAUCCAAAAGGAACGCGGACUUAGAGGCCCAAGUGAAAUGCUACGAACAACUCAGCUCGGGAAUUACGUCUAAGGACGUAACUCAGUCGACGCCUCAAGAGAUGGCGGCGCGGCUCCGCGAGCUGGAGGUGGCGGUCAGCGCGCUACAGCUGGAGAAGGAGGAACUCACCAAAGAUAAAGCUGAUGCUCACGAGAAGCUGAGGUUGCAGGACAAGGAGCUGCGCGAUGCGUUGUCGCAACGCAAGCUAGCGAUGACUGAGUACAACGAGGUCACUGAUCGCCUCUCCGAGCUGAGGCAGCAGAAACAGAAGUUAUCGCGUCAGGUGCGCGAUAAAGAAGAAGAGCUAGAAGUCGCGAUGCAGAAGAUAGACGCGUUACGAGCAGACAUACGUCGCGCGGAUAAGGGCAGGCGGGAGCUGGAGGCGAGACUAGACACAGCCAUAGCUGAGGCUAGCAAGGAGAGGAAGCUGCGAGAGGAUACGUUGAGAAACCAGCGCGUGGAGGCGGCCGGCCCGCCGGGCUCCGCGCAGGCCGACGUGGCGCGGCUGCAGGCCGAGGUCGACACGCUCGAGAUGCAAUACAAAGAAUCGCUGGCACAGCAGCAGGCGCGGUACAACUCGGAGCUGGCGGCGCUCAGGGACCAGCUGCAGGAAGGAGACGCCAUGAGGACCGUGCUCAACCGGGAGCUGCAAACAUCGAAGGAGAAGCUGGAGAGCCGUCGCAUGGAGCAGCUGAGCGACAGCGAGGAUAAACAGAUGCUGAUCAACGAGAACAGGAAACUUGCCAAAGACCUCGACGCGAUGGCAGAGAACGGCCGAAGAUGGCAGGCGGAACGUAGACAGAUGGAAUUGGAAUUAGAAGAACUUCGAGCUAAGAAGGAGACCAUGCAGCACUGGGAGAGCCAGAUAGCAGACAUUAUCCGGUGGGUGGCCGAUGAGAAGGAAGCGCGCGGCUACCUGCAAGCUUUGGCCACCAAGAUGACUGAAGAGCUGGAGUACUUGAAACAUGCAAGCGCAUCCCGCUCGGGCGCUCCGCCCUCGUCUCCCCCGGCGGGCGCCGCGGCCCCCGGCACGGGCGGCUGGAGGAACCGACGCUCACAGAAGUUGGACAAGAUGGAGAUACUCACCCUACAGUCGUCGCUGCACUCCGAGAUACAAGCCAAGCAAGCAGUAGGAGAGGAGCUGAGUCGCACAAGGGCCGAGCUGUUGGCUAGCCAAAGAGAGCUGCUGGAGACCCGCGCGCGGCUGGAUGCGCUGGCGCACGACAUGAAGCGCAAGGAGCAGCACAUCCGCGACAUGCAGGCCAAGCUCGACACGCCGCACCACACGCACCACUCCUUUUUGGACCGACCACCAUCCCAGAUGAGCUACUUAGAUCAAUUCAUGAAGGAUGCGCCGUCAGAGAGACACUACGAUAAUGUGCCUAUGAACAACGAACCUAAGAUGUCGCCCGACUGUCGAUACAGAUAUGUUCAGCAUUGUUGCAAUGCAAAGAUGAUGUAUGGAUCUCAACAAUCGGCGGCGCUAAGUGGGUCGGCCGAGUCGGCGGACGAACUGGAGCCGCGGGCCGCUUCGCCCGCGUCAAGCAAGAGCUCGCCCAGUGAGAUCUCUACGUGCGACGUGUUCCAGGACCCGUCUCUCGGGCCCACGGUGCCGGGCAAGCAGAAGGUGCACCAGUUCCUCGUGAGGACGUUCAGCAGUCCCACCAAGUGUAACCACUGCACUUCGCUUAUGAUCGGGCUCACCCGACAAGGCGUGGUGUGCGAGACGUGCGGGCUGUGCGUGCACACGCGCUGCUGCGGCCGCGUGGCGCCGCGCUGCCCGCUGCCGCCCGACAGGAGCCGCCGCCCGCUGGGCAUCGACCCCGCGCGGGGGCAGGGCACCGCUUAUGAGGGAUAUGUUAAGGUACCAAAGCCAGGAGGAGUGAAGAAAGGUUGGAUGCGGCAGUUUGUGGUCGUGUGCGACUUCAAGUUGUUCCUCUACGAUAUAUCACAAGAUAGGAACGCGUUACCGUCGGUGUGCGUGAGCCAGGUGUUGGACAUGCGCGACCCAGAGUUCAGCGUCACCUCCGUCAAGGAGUCUGACGUCAUACACGCCAGCAAGCGAGAUAUACCUUGCAUAUUUAGGAUAUCGACAUCGCAACUGGAGGGCGGCAAACGGUCGCACACCCUCAUGCUGGCAGAGUCAGAGUCUGAGAAGACCAAGUGGGUGGUGGCGCUCAGCGAGCUGCAUCGGAUACUCAAGAGGAACAACCUGCCGGACAAAUGUGUGUACUCAGCAUGCAUGCUGCUAGACUCAACAGCAGCGGCAACCGUUCGAGGUGCUCUGUGCGCAUGCGUGUUGGAGCGGACGCGGAUCUGUGUGGGCGGCGAGUCCGGGCUGGCCUUGCUGGACCUGGAGCGCGGGGAGAUCACGCCGCGGAGACAACACGCGCCCGUGGCCAAGGCGCACUAUGUGCCCACUGAGCAGCUGCUAGUGGUGAUAGCAGGGCGGGGUCGUCACGUGCGUCUGGUCCCAGUUCGAGCGUUGGAAUGUUCCGAGGUGGAGUGUGUGAAGAUAGCUGAGAGCAAGGGUGCCGUGGACAUUGCGGCGGGGGAGCUGCAUGCGGGGGCGUAUGGCUUCGCUGUAGUCUGCAAGCGGCAGAACUCGUACAUGGUGACGGUGUACGAGAUCACGCGCACGGCGGCGCGGCGCAUGCGCGUGGCGGAGCUGCGCGCGCCCAGCGCCGUGCACUGCGUGCAGCUGGUGCGCGGCCGCCUGCUGCUGGGCUACCGCGGGGGCUUCGCCGCGCACUGCCUGCCCGACCCGCGCCAGCCCGCGCGCGACCAGCCCGCGCUCUCUCUAGUCCACCCGGAGAACCAAGUGAACGUGUUCCUGUCCCACUCGGGGGCGCGGCCGCUGGCGUGCGCCGCCGUGCCCAACUCCAGCGACACGCUGCUGGUGUUCAACUCGCUGGCGCUGUACGUGGACCGCAGCGGACACCGCGCCAGGGACACCGAGCUCAUGUACACCGCGCAGCCGCUGUACCACGCCAUCAACGAGACGCACCUGAUGAUCUACACGGCGACACACAUAGACAUCUACGACAUCGAGUCUGGCGAGUGGGUGCAGACCAUCAAUAUACCGCACGCGCGGCCGCUGGACGCGUGCGGCUGGGUGGCGGCGGCGGGCGGCGGCGGCACGGGCGCCGGGUUCCCCUUCGCGGCCGACGCCGCGCCCGCGCUGCUGCACCUGCGGCCCGCGCACAUGCAGGGUCCGCUGAGUGUAGAACACGCGUUCCUGUGCGGCACCAACAAGCGACGGUUCUCAGUGCGGGAACAGUCGCACCAAGCCAUCGAGGCGCACAACAGACUGUCGGAGCGGCGGUCGCGGCUGAUCUCAGCGCCCAGCAACUUCGCGCACCUGUCGCACAUGGGGCCCGGCGACGGAAUACGCUCGCAACGACUGUUAGAUCUGCCCACCACGGUAGAGACCGCUGAUGACAGACCGCAGAUGUACAGCAGUAGAGAGAGCAGUAAGCGGACGUCGCCGCUUACGAUAUCGCACGGUACUGGAUCCUAUAACGGGUCGUGGCGCGGCCGCCCCCGCGAGGGCCCCCCGCCCGCCCCCGACGCGCCGCCCUCGCCGCCGCUGUCGCACCACCGCCCCAUGGACAGAUCGAUAGGCGGCGGCUCCCAAGGCAGCGGGUCCCUGCUACUGGAGCGCUCCAUCACGCCGCUCAGCCUGGGCAGCAUGAGCUCACUGCACGACGUGCUCAAGGUGGGUACGGAGUUAGGGUCCGGCGCGGUCUCCGAGGACAGCAGCUGCGGGGCUUCGCCGCCGCACCCGCUGGAUCCCUGAUGAAGUCCACUGGACACGAACUGGACUAUAGACGUGUCCCGUUUCUACGCUUGUUUCUGUUAGUCAACAUUGAGGCUCCGGCUAUCGCCUUUACUGUACACCUGUAUUGUAGAUAGAUACGUCGAUAGUUUGAGCGUACCGUCAGGUAACAAACCGUGUGAAACAUCGCGCAAAACUUGCAUGGAAGUUCGUGUAAAAAAAAUGCACAAAAGGACAAUGAUCAA